AUGUCGGGCAACCGUGCUGGCUCGUCCAACGGCACACAUGACGUCAACAUGCUGGUAAAUCGAGCUCUGGCGCCCGGACACUCUCCUGUGCCGUGCUCGCAGUCCAAGCUGAACGCACAUGCGUGCAGCAGAGCGCCAGCCAAACCAAUUGAAAACCCGGCAAGCACUGAAAAUGGUGUCCAAGUGCCAUCCGAAUGGCCGAAAGAUGUGGUCUACAUCACACAGAACUUGGUGGCAUCCUCUGUACCCGAUGCAAUUGCGCAAACCUACCUGCUUUCGCCCUCAUCCUCGAGCGCUGCUCCCUCAAGCAGCCAAGUUGCGGCAGGAUCGAGUGCAUACCGCCACCUACCGCAAGCAACACACAACCAAGGUCGACCGCAAACUCUCUACACGGCGUCGAUACAGCGCCAAGUGCCUCUAGUCGUCCAUGCUAUCGACCAGCAUACGCCAUGGUGUCCCGAAUCCUUCCACUCGACCAGCCGCAAUCUGAGCUGUCAUCCUGCAGCUGGUUCGUUUGGCCUCUUUGCAGCGCAAGACAUUGCACCCAACACCUUUCUCAGGCCUUACCUGGGUGUACUUCAUACCAAAGCGGAUGCCGAUUUCUACUCGACAUACGACUUGAGCCUCUGUCACGACUCUAGGCUCGCAAACUCUCGCUCAAGCACCUCGAAAGACAUGGUCAACCACAUCGAGUCGCUGUCGUUGGAGCCUCAGGCAGACGCAGAAUGGCACAAUGCAACAGCACUCUACCUCGACAGCCGAUAUUGGGGCAACGAAUCACGCUUUGUCAAUGACUAUCGCGGCAUAGCUCCAAAGCCAAACGUCGAAUUUCGAUCUUUCGUCCAGCUCGGCGAGGAUGGACAGCAACGCUUCCAGAUGGGCUUAUUCGCAACGCGGCCGGUUCGAAAGGGCCAAGAACUGCUGAUCAACUACGGAAAGAGUUUUUGGGUCCAUUUCGCCCAGUUGAACCAGAGAAAAAUUGACAACAAAGGCCAGACUGCUGACCAGACGCCAACAGAAGAACGCACGCCAGAUGCAGACGCCAACAAAGCAGUCGAUCCAAUCCAAGCCAUGUUGCAGCGCAGUCAACUGCGCAUCUCAAAAACAUCAGCGGCUGUACAACGUCGGCCUCAUCUUGUGCAUCCUCGUACAUAA